AUGACUGAAGACGUGAAAUUAGACAAGCACGGAUUCAUAGUUCAGAACGCAACUCUACAGAAAUCUGACCACAUUGGUCGCGAUAACGCGAGGAUCUUGAAAUGAGAAGAUAUGCUCCAAAGGUGGGAUUAUAACACUAAACGCAGGCCAACUUUUAUUAAAAAGAGAGUUAGAAAAGGAAUCCCAGACUGCUUGAGAGGCAGAGUCUGGGCCGAGCUCGCACAAAUUAGGCAGUUAAAAUCAACAUACGGGGAAAACUACUACAAAACUCUACUAGAGACUGAAACUGAUGCAAUAUCAGCUGAAGACAUCAUGAGAGAUAUUGACAGGACUUUUCCUGAACACAUACUUUUUCGAGAAGGAAACCUCGGCCAGCCCGCUCUGAUCCGGACCUUAAAAGCCUACUCUGUGCAUGAUCCUGAAUUAGGAUACUGCCAAGGUAUGGGCUUUUUAAUUGCGAUGUUUUUAAUAUACAUGAGCGAAGAAGACGCUUUUUGGAUGCUGGUGGCUGUUAUGAACAAAUACCAAAUGCGUGAGCUGUACGUGCCUGGUAUGCCAGGAGUUUAUAAAGCUUUUUACAAAAUCAAUGCUCUUUUUAAGCAUUUUAUGCCGCAGUUGUGAAGACAUUUUCGCGAUUUGAGUCUUCUUCCUUCAAUGUUUGCCCCUUCAUGGAUAAUGACACUUUAUAUUACCCUAUUCCCAAUUGAGGUCACCCUAAGAAUUUUGGACACUUUCUUUUGUGAAGGCCCAAAAGUUAUUUAUAGAGUCUACAUAAUUGCCUUUAAAAAGGCCAAGGAAGAAAUGCUGAGCAUGACCCUUGACGAAAUUUUGGAAAGAAUUAAAACAAUUCAGAGCGAUUUUGCACCAGAUGAACUGAUCAAAAAUGCAUUUGGGAUCUCUCUGACUCCCCCCCCCUCCGUGAGUGAACAAAAAAAUUUUGUUCACUCACGGAGGGGGGUUAAUUUUUUUUUUUUAAAAAAAAUUAUAUAUAAAUUUUAUAAAAAAAUAUUUUUUUUCGAAAUUUAAAAAAAUCCUAAUUCACAAAAAUUGGAAAGCAAAUAUUAAUUUAAUUUAUAAAAUUUAUGUUUUAAGUAGCUUAAACUUAAACUUAAAGGUUGGCGUCUGCCUUAUUGGUUACGCAGUCACCAAGGACUCUCCCGUACGGGCAGUUCAUCCGCUUUGCGCCGUCUUCAGCUUCGCCUUGCUCGAAUUGGGGCAAUGAUUCGCUGGGCAAGUGUUCAGCUCUGACACUACCUUUCUUCUCCUUCAGCGCCUGAUGCCAGGGCACUUCUGAAGUGAGACUCUGCUUGGACGUCUCCUCCUCCCUUUCGGUCCAGUGUUGAGUGGGCGGACUAUGGACUUCUGCGGCUGCUGCUUGUGUCACAAGGUUGGCCACACAAAAAUCCCAAAAAAUGGAAUUUCUGUUCGACCUUUCGGCAAAAGGAAAAAUUUGGAUCCCGGGACGUAACUCCCGGUUUCACGCUAGGCAGUUGCCCGAUUGAUCUGGGUAUUACCUGCAGACCUUGCUGGGCUUGCCCUUUCCAAAUCCAAACCCUCCUUUCCCUUGAGGUAAAACCAACCUCGAAAUCAGACUAAGGGCUAGGCUCUGUACAUUACCAGAAUUGCUUACCUAGCAUUGCCGUCCAUUUCUUGAUUGGUAAAACCUUGCCGGAUAUAAAUAAAAUAUAAGUCGAGUAUGCAUGGCCGGAGGCCAUGCCCAGACGAAGACGCCAUAUUUUAUUUUAUGUUUUAAGUAGCAAUUCGUUUAAAAUUAAACAGAAUUAGCUCUAGAUUUCAUUAUAUUAAUUAUCAUUUAUAUAUCAAUUUUUUUUUCCAUAAAAAAACUUUUCUAUUAAAACAAUUUUUGUUCACUCACGGAGGGUGGGUUUUUGGGCAAAAAAUAGCGAUUUUUCUAAUGGUUUUGUUCACUCACGGAGGGGGGGGGGGGAGUGAGUAGGAAAAAGCUAAAGGAGCUAGACAAAGAAUACGAGACCGGCCAAAAUUCGGAAUUCGUCAAUUGGUAG